AUGUCUUUCUACAGCCGUCUAUUCCCUACAUCUCUCUUGUCUCUACUCAUCUUCACACUGUUGGUGUGUGGGAAUGGUGCGCAGGCUAUUCGUGUGCGGGCCACCUCGCAGGAACUCUCCAUUGAAGUAAACCACGAGGAGGUUUGUAUGUACUCCACGGGUGAGAACUCCAAUGAGGGGGCAAUGCUGCACUAUCACGUUCUCCACGGCGGUGAUGACUUUGAUGUGUACAUUCGAGAUCCCCGCAAUCGAACUGUUUAUGUCUCGUACGCCGGCGAACAUGAGAUGGAGGAUCGUGUUUACUUUACGAAACACAUGCAUGGAGAGUAUGCUUACUGUAUUGAUAACCGUCCCUACUCGGGCAGCCGCAAGGUGAUUAAGUUAGUCAUUGGAGUCACAUCGCUCACUCGAUGGAAGGAACGUAUUGAUCCGCUCACGCGACUGAUGCUUCGCACGGAUAGUUACAUGCUUGGACUUCAUGAAGAUCAAAUUAUUUUUCGCCUGCGUGAACAGGAUCUACGCAAGAAGGUGGAUGAAAGCAGUAAACUCUUAUUGGCACGGGGCUUAACAGAGACGGUGAUUAUCGUGUUUGUUUCUGUGCUGCAUGUCCUUCUCAUUAAACAUCUCUUUACGAAAAAGGGUGUGAGGGCGGUAGCGUAA